AUUUAAUUUUUAACAUUCCUUGCUUCUUGCUUACGUCAACAAGUUUGAAUCACAAUUACAGAAUUACUUCAAGGCGUCCCGUCGGUUUCCAAAACAAAUUCACAAGGGUCAAUAAAAUGGGAGCUGAUGACAAAUAUAGUGUACUGCUUCCGACUUACAAUGAAAAAGACAAUCUACCAAUUAUUGUCUGGCUCUUAGUCAAAGCCUUUACUGACAGUGGAUACGAUUUCGAAAUUAUUGUAAUUGAUGAUGGAAGUCCUGAUGGGACCCUAGAUGUAGCAAAGCAGCUUCAAACCAUUUAUGGAGAUAAAAAAAUUGUCUUGAGGCCAAGGGAGAAGAAACUUGGACUUGGCACUGCUUAUAUUCAUGGAAUUAAACAUGCUACUGGCAAUUAUGUUGUGAUCAUGGAUGCUGAUCUAUCUCACCACCCUAAAUUUAUUCACCAAUUUAUUGAAAAACAAAAAGAAAAGGACUAUGACUUGGUUUCUGGAACUCGUUACAGUGGAAAUGGUGGAGUUUAUGGAUGGGACCUGAAGAGGAAAGUGAUUAGCAGAGGUGCAAACUAUGUUACUCAAGUGCUGUUGAGACCUGGUGCUUCUGACCUCACUGGUAGCUUCCGCUUGUACAAGAAAAAAGUAUUAGAAAAACUGGUGCAAUCUUGUAAAUCAAAGGGGUAUGUUUUUCAAAUGGAAAUGGUUAUAAGGGCUAGACAAUUUGGAUUUACAAUUGGUGAAGUACCAAUUUCAUUUGUUGAUCGGGUUUACGGUGAAUCAAAAUUAGGUGGGAAUGAAAUUUACCAAUUUGCCAAAGGACUUUUGUAUUUGUUUGCCACUACUUAACAAAAUUCUUCAAACAAUAACUUAAAAUACACCUUCUAAAAAUUGUUA